AUGGAUCUGGGAGCCUCAGGAAAUGAUUCACUUGUGACCCAGUUUGUCCUGCUGGGCCUAACAGAGACCAGUCUGCAGCCCAUCCUCUUUGUCGUCUUCCUUCUUGCUUAUGUAGCAACUAUUGGUGGUAAUUUUAGUAUCCUUGCUGCCAUCUUUAUGGAACCCAAACUCCACACCCCCAUGUACUUCUUCCUGGGAUUGUCUCUGCUAGAUGUUGGGAGCAUCAGUGUCACUGUCCCUGCCAUGUUAAGGCAUUUCAUAUCUAACAACAAAACCAUCCACUAUCGGGCAUGCCUUUCACAGCUCUUCUUCCAUCUGCUGGCUGGGACGGAUUGCUUUCUGCUGACUGUCAUGGCCUACGACCGCUAUCUGGCCAUUUGCCAGCCUCUCACCUACAACACCCUUAUGGGUUGGGGGAUGCAGAAGGCCUUGGCUGGCAUGUCCUGUGUCUUUUCCUUCACCAAUGCACUGACUCAAACUGUUGCCUUGUCUACUCUUAAAUUCCGUGGCCCCAAUGUGAUCAAUCACUUCUACUGUGACCUCCCCCAGCUCUUCCAGCUCUCCUGCUCCAGCACCCAGCUCAAUGAGCAGUUGCUCUUUGCAGCAGCAGCCUUCAUGGGUGUGGCCCCCUUGGUCCUCAUCAUGGUGUCCUAUGCCCAUGUGGUGGCUGAAGUGCUACGAAUCCACUCUGCAGAGGGCAGGAAGAAGGCCUUCUCCACGUGUGGCUCCCACCUCACCGUGGUGGGCAUCUUCUAUGGGACAGGUGUCUUCAGCUACAUGAGGCUGGGUUCUGUGGAGUCUUCGGACAAGGACAAGGGCAUUUGCAUCCUCAACACUGUCAUCAGCCCCAUGCUGAACCCACUCAUCUACAGCCUCAGGAACCCCGAUGUGAAGGGCGCCCUGCGGAGGGUGCCCACAGGGAAGUUGCCCCCCAAGUGA